CGAUUAAUUCACAGCUGAUGAAAGGGAUGCCAAUGCGGUACGCAUGGUGGUAACUUGACAUUGUGGCCGUGGGAAUCUUCAUAAACAUGGAGUCUUUCUGUCAAAAUUGUCAGGAAACUGUCCACUUUUCUGAAAUCGAUGGGCUGUUUUACUGUAAUGCGUGUGACUGUCAGUCUGAGACCCUGCAAGUGAUGGAGUAUUCUCAUUUUGAUAGUCAACCAAGUCAGUCGUCAAGUAUGAGAUCAAAAGUCAUCAAAAUAUCAUCAACUUCGAAAAAACAGACCCCUAUUGACAAAGAUGAGACACCUGAGCAACCAAGAGAAGAAGAUGACAUUGUGUGGUUUGCUGAGGCCUUCCAGAUAAUCCUCAAGAAGCAAGUCGAUGCCCUUAUCAACAUGGGAGUUACAGACAGACUCAAGGAUGUGGUGGAACUCCUGUGGUUUAGAUUUCUUCAAAAUUCCAGAUGGGCAUUUGUUCAAAAACCAACAAAAAAACUGAAUGGCGAGAACAGAAAACUCAAGAAAAGAAAACCCAAGAAAGGUCAAGAAGCAAUUGAGAUCAAAGAGGAGGAAGGAGAUGAUUUGAACGUGACUUGGAAUAAAAGCAAGAAUGGGCCUGCUGAUGAAGGAUUGGUGAAAAAGAUGAAGUUCCGUCUACAUCAUCUCCUUGGAAUCCUGUUUGCUGCCCUCAAGUUCCUUGGUGAACCAAUCUUGAUAUCGGACCUCAUCAGAUGGGCCCUGGAUGGACAUCUCCCUUACUAUGGAACCAGUGAUGUACUUCCUAAGCAUCUAACAAACAAGUUUGGUCAUUCUGGUAGUCAUCUCUUUGUCGUAGCUAAACCAGAUUUGCUUCAUAUAUCCAAGCUUCAGGAGCCUGUUAGUCAUGUUCUUAAUGUGGUAAAUGUAGCAUCCUUGAAUCACAUCAAGCUAGACCUGGUCGUUAGUCGAUUCAUCUUAUCUCUUCAUCUACCAGCCUCCUUCCAUCAGCUAACCCAUCACCUGAUGACCAAGCAUCCAUACACCACCAGUCAGCCACAGAACAAGAACAAGAAGAACAAGAACAAGAAGAAGACAAAGAAGAGAUUUGAGUUUGAGGAGGGUCCAUCUCUGGCUUACAUCCUAGUAGCUAUGAAGCUCCUGUUUGGAUUGGAUGGGCAGACUGAGAUGAUGACAUCAGAGAUAGGAAGAAGCAUCAGAAACAAACUACCUGCAGGUGGUAAUGUAGCCCUAUUUAUAUGGGCUGAAUGGAUGGCUAGUGAGAAACUUAGAGCAAAACAUCAUCAGAUUAACACCAAGAUUGUCAACCCUCAAGCAUACAGAGAGGUCAGUGAUGUACCAAGGUUCGUCAAUCAGCAUUCCAAGGCAUUCCUACUCGGCUCUAAGAGAGAAGGUCUCAAUAAGCACCACAAGUAUCAGGGUCAAAGCCUUGGAAGUAAGAUGCAGAGACCAUUCAUGAAAGUGAGAGAUCAGGUGGAACCAGGCCGCAUUCCAUACACUAUCAAUGCUCCAAGUAGCUUUCCAUACUCCCUGAGUGGUCUCAAUGAGAGGCUAGAAGAAGAUACAAAAACAGAGCUGACAGGUACUACACUGAGGCAAGGUGCUCCAUCCAAUCCAUCAAGUGAUGUCCACUGGAUCUCUAAGAGAGCGCUAGCAUCAUGUGAUUUCUCCAAGAGCAGUCUAGAUUAUCUCUUGAAUCUAACCAAGUUCUGCGAGAAGCACGGAGUGGAUCCAGAAAGUGUGUUGAAUGAUGACAGACUGAAGGCAAAGGAUAGUGCUAUUGCGAGUGAAAAAAGAGACAGAAAAAGGAAGAGAAGGGAGAGUAAAUCUGUAAGUAAUGGAAAAGGAAUGGCCUCAAUCAGUCAAUAUGAAGAUGAUCCUGACCUAGCUGCAGCUUCUGAAGACACUUCAAAGGAUGUCAGGAGAAAGAAAAAGAAGACAAGGAAAGAUGAGGAUGACAUAGAACUUGGAAACCAAAGAAAGGCCUUGUUAGAUGUUGGAUCCGACUCAUUGGGUCAAAGUGACCUUGAAGAACUACCCUAUGAUCAAUGGAAAGAGAUGGUGCUCUCAAGGACAAAGGCUCCUGAUUCUAGCAAUGUCAGUCAUAGUGUGUCUGACACCACAGGACUACCUUCAUACAGUGUGUCCUACACCAGGUAUAAGCCACUCAGUGUUCAUCAAGCUAAGGCGAGUAUGGAGAGAGAUGGAGAGCCGUCGGUAUGGAGACCUUUCCAUCAGUCUUAUCAAUGGCUUCUAGAACACUGUGCUGCCCUCUUUAGGCUAGAUUGGAUGUACAUUCAUGAAGCAGUGGCUGCAUUAGAAAGUCAGAUAUUUGAGUUGUAAGACUCCAAAGACUGUGUAAAGCGGGUGUAAUCAACUACUCUCAGCAAAUUCAGGGUCAAAUUUAGAGUCUCAACCAUAAAUUCUUGUUUGAUUUAAUUUUUACAGUUGGACAUCCCCUAAACUUUGUCCAAUGAGACUUUCGUCACUGUCCUACAUUCCUUUCUGUCAUGGUUUAACCAUUUCUAGGAAAGGUGUUUAAAGGGAUAGUUUGAGUUUUGGUAUGGAGGGUGCUACACAAAAUAAUCUAUUUACAAGAAGAUCAACAUUAAUACAUAUUUUGAUGUACUCUGUGCUGAUUAUAAUGUUUUUGCCAUCAGAAUUUUAAAAAAAUUCUUGUCACAUUGUUAAUAUGUAAAUGAGUAUUUAAAGAAAGCUCAUUGAUUUAUCUUUCAAUUGCCCACCUGAAGUGGUCUUCAUGUUUUUUUGAUUUUUUUUGUGUGUGGAUUUUAAUCCUUUUCUGGGACUUUGUUCUCACAAGUGAAAUCCUUCAAGAAUUAAUAUAGCUUUGUCCAAACAGAAUUAAUAUGUUGAUCUUGUCAUGUUGUUCACCUGUUAAGUACUAAGCCUUAGAUAACUGGGGAGGUCUAUGAAAAUAUGUGUCACUUCGAAAAAAAAUCAUAUUUAACAGGUUGAUGGAAAGAAACAUCAAGAUAUUUAAUGUGAAUUAGCGUUAUGCUUAGUUUGUAUGGGGUUUUUAAUGGACCUUCUUUAAAGUAAACUGGAGUUCCUAUAAUGACCAUGACUUUUUAAACAGCGAUGCAUUUAUAUGACAAAUGUGCAAAAUAUUUUGAUGCUAAAUUAAUUGUCUGUUUGUUAUACCGAAGGCCAGAUUUUCUUCAUAAAGUUAUUUAUUCAAA